AUGUCAGAAAACGAACCCAAACCGAAGCCUCGGGGAAGAGGGCCUAAGAGGCCAUCAAAAAAGCAGAAAGACGGCCAAGAUAAGCACACCUCGCCACAGCUGCUUGAGAUCAACAAACUAACCAAGAAAUUCAAGCCGAUCACAGUUAAUGGAAUACCCGUUGAUUCGCUUUCCAAGCCCCUGGACGAGUUCCUGACCCUAGCAACCGCCGACAAGUCAAACGAUCUGUACCUUUCAUUUCUCCUGAAACCGUCAGACCCAGACUUUCCCUACGAUCUGGACUUUUUGAAUCUCUCGCUCUGCAUUCCUGGCACGUACCCCUACAAAGGCAAAAACCCGUCGCUUGUGGUUCUCAACGACGACAUUCCGCGAGGAUACAGCGUGAAUGUGGAGAUCGGGUUUCGCGAGAUUGCCACGCUGGCGAUGGAGCGAAGGAGAAAGAGGCCUGUAGAGUCCGAGCUCCAGAUGGUGUCUGGCAACGACCUGCUGAGUAUGGUGCUGACUCUGGACAAAUAUUUGGAGAGAUUCUUGUCUAUGGAGAAGAAAGACACCAUCAAGAUUGUGAAGACGAUAAAGAAAGAGACGAAGGCGCCAAAACAGGAAAAGAAGGAAAAAGAGAAGCCUGUCGAAAACUCGCUACGAGCAGCAGAGAUAGACAAGUUUCUCACCAGACUGCAGUCUCUGCAAAUAAGUUUGUUUAAAGAAACCAGCCAGAACUCGAUCUACAAGUUUGAGCUGCCGUUUGAGGACGACGCGUUCACCAUCGCGAUAGAUAAUCUCCAGGACAUUGUGAUCCAGAGACUCGCUGUGAAGCUGAGCAUACCGAAAGAUUAUGUUUUAAACGAAAAGCGAGGAAUAAAAUUGGAAAUAGAUCUUUCCAACAGCAGCAACAUGAACCUGAUCAACUCCAUCGAAGACAGGAACCUGAAGCUGAUUUUUGGCAAGCUGAUCAGCAACAUGAACGCCAAUUUCGGCCACGCGUCCGUGGAAAUGGUAAAGGCGAAAAACACCAGCAUCACGGCACAAAUCAAUAUGUUUGUGCAGAACAUCGAGAAGUUCCUGCGUCCGCCAGCGGACUUUGCGCGCUGGCUGGGAGCUAACGAGACGCUCAACGAGGAGCUGCAGACCGCAUAA